GCUGCCUGCACCGACCCCCGCGGGGCUGGAGAGGCUGAUGCGGCCGCCAAGGGAGAGGAUAGUGGUUAAAGCUCGAGCUGGAUGGAUGGGUAUGGGGAGAGGGGCAGGAUCCACAGCCCUGGGACUUUUCCAAAUCCUCCCUGUCUUUCUCUGCAUCUUCCCUUCAGUGACAUCUCCAUGCAAGAUCCUCAAGUGCAACUCUGAGUUCUGGGCGGCCACGUCGGGCUCGCACCACCUGGGCGCGGAGGAGGCGCCGGAGUUCUGCACGGCGCUGCGCGCCUACGCGCACUGCACGCGCCGCACCGCCCGCACCUGCAGGGGAGACCUGGCCUACCACUCGGCCGUGCAUGGCAUAGACGAUCUCAUGGUGCAGCACAACUGCUCCAAGGAUGGCCCCACGUCCCAGCCCCGCCUCCGGACAUUGCCCCCCGGGGACAGCCAGGAGCGCUCAGACAGCCCCGAGAUCUGCCACUAUGAGAAGAGCUUUCACAAGCACUCGGCCGCCCCCAACUACACCCACUGCGGGCUCUUUGGGGACCCCCACCUCAGGACUUUCACGGACACUUUCCAGACCUGCAAGGUGCAGGGGGCUUGGCCUCUCAUAGACAAUAACUACCUGAACGUGCAGGUCACCAACACGCCCGUGCUGCCUGGCUCCUCGGCCACCGCCACCAGCAAGCUCACCAUCAUCUUCAAGAGCUUCCAGGAGUGUGUGGAUCAGAAAGUGUACCAGGCAGAGAUGGACGAGCUCCCCGCUGCCUUUGUGGACGGCUCCAAGAACGGAGGGGACAAGCACGGAGCCAACAGCCUGAAGAUCACAGAGAAGGUGUCGGGCCAGCACAUCGAGAUCCAGGCCAAGUACAUCGGCACCACCAUCGUGGUGAGGCAGGUGGGCCGGUACCUCACCUUCGCCGUGCGCAUGCCGGAGGAGGUGGUCAACGCCGUGGAGGACCGGGACAGUCAGGGCCUCUACCUGUGCCUCCGUGGUUGCCCACUCAACCAGCAGAUUGACUUCCAGGCCAUCCGCUCGGCUCAGGCCACGGAGGGUCGUGCCCGGAGGAAGGGGCCCAGCCUGCCGGCCCCCCCCGAGGCCUUCACCUACGAAACGGCCACGGCCAAGUGCAGGGAAAAGCUGCCCGUGGAGGACCUCUACUUCCAGUCCUGUGUCUUCGACCUCCUCACCACGGGGGAUGUCAACUUCAUGCUGGCUGCUUACUAUGCCUUUGAGGACGUGAAGAUGCUUCACUCCAACAAAGACAAGCUGCACCUGUAUGAAAGGACACGGGUCCUGACCCCGGGCAACGCGGCUCCCACGGGAAUACAUCCCACCCUCUGGGUAGCACUGCUGUGUUUGUGUUGGUUGUGCUUGUUAUAGAGGUUUGCUCCUUCACACGUUGGAGAGAAGGGAAAGGGGAGCAGGAGGCAACCAGGGAUGAGAUGCAGGUGUUGGAAAACAAGAGGUUGGACAUCAGAACCACAUAGGUUGUCCUCAGACCUCAGUCUCUCUCUUGGUGCAAGUCCUCCACCUUCCCAGCUCUUGCCUGGGAGGAAUGUGCUGCCAGUGGGACCAGCCAGGAGUUUUUGCUGGACUGUACCUUGUCUGGACCUUCCUCACUUUCCCUUCCUCCUGCUCCCAGUCGAGUGGGUGCUGGGGAACCCUUGUAGCUACUGUCCUUGUAGCACUCCCCUGGUCCCAGCCGUGCACAUGGUGACUGUGACACUGGCGUGUGUGAGCAUGGCUUUGUCUUCGGAGAGCAGAGCCCACGAGAAGGGCAUGGAGCAGUGAGACAGGACCAAACCUGGCCAGCACAGCAGGGCAGGAUGUCCUGCUCACCAGGGCUGGACUCUGCUUUUCAGCACAUUCUGCUCUGCCCACAGCCCUGUUGUUGCAGAAGGUGGUGCAAGGGGCAGAAAUGGUGGGCAGUGAUCCCACGCUUGCUUGGCUGCUGGUGCCAGGCACCUUCUGGGUGGAUGGAGGACAUGUUCCUCAAGCCUUGGCCUGCGUUUUUUGUGGUUCAAAGGCAUCCCCUAUUUUAGCCAGUUCACCUGGCUGGUUCACUCAGUAGUUUUACUCCUGUCUCCCUUGUCUCUGCCUUGACCCACCAUGGACUCUCGAUGGCAGCGGGAGAAACCUGGCCAGUAUUCAAGCGGUUUCUGCAACUUCUGCCCAGCAUUGGAUGAGUUCCUCACACCAUUCGCUCUCUGGUCCCCUAAAACUGGCAGCAGGGUGGCUGCUCAGUUGGAGACCCGACCUGCACCUCCCUCCAGCCCCUCCCUGUCUGUGGCCCAGCCCUGGGAUGGA